AACGGUGCUUUUUCCUCUGCGAGUGGGGGCCGAUAAAGCACGGAUCUCUAAUUUGAUGUAGUUCUCCAUCGUGCUUUGAUGGAGAUGGUUUCGUUCACAUCUCGCUCGGAGCUUUGUUUAUUUUCCUAAAGUGGGGUUAAGUUUUGACAGCGAGAAAGUGAAAACGUGUGCUUGAAGUGCGGUGAAAAAAUUCAGUGAAAAAUUCACAGUGACACGUGGAUUAACCCAUGUCAAAAUGGCCUUAGCUAGGCUGCCGGUGGUGAGUGAUUGCUCGGCCGGCCAAACGGCCCGAGUCAGCUCCAACCUGCAUCCCACGAGUACCAUGGCUGUUAGCCGCGUGCCGAGUCCACCACCCCAGGAGGUAAACACCCCAGUGGCCGAGAACUGGUGUUACACGCAGGUGAAAGUCGUAAAGUUCAGCUACAUGUGGACAAUAAAUAAUUUUAGUUUCUGUCGCGAAGAAAUGGGCGAAGUUUUAAAAUCUUCGACGUUUUCGGCAGGGGCUAACGAUAAAUUAAAAUGGUGUCUAAGGGUGAAUCCUAAAGGUUUGGAUGAGGAAAGCAAGGACUAUCUUUCACUGUACCUCCUUCUUGUGUCGUGCAAUAAAAGCGAAGUUCGAGCCAAAUUUAAAUUUAGUAUAUUAAAUGCGAAAAGAGAAGAAACGAAAGCGAUGGAGAGUCAAAGGGCGUACAGAUUCGUACAGGGGAAAGAUUGGGGCUUCAAGAAGUUCAUUAGAAGAGAUUUUUUGUUGGACGAAGCCAACGGUCUGUUACCCGACGAUAAACUUACGAUAUUUUGCGAAGUCAGUGUUGUCGCUGAUAGUGUAAAUAUUUCUGGCCAGUCGAAUACAAUUCAAUUUAAAGUGCCAGAAUGUAGGUUAUCGGACGAUUUAGGUUUACUUUUUGAAAAUCAAAAAUUUAGCGAUGUUACUCUUUCGGUAGGCGGUAGGGAAUUCCAAGCACAUAAGGCUAUAUUAGCAGCGAGGAGUCCCGUAUUCCAGGCCAUGUUCGAACAUGAAAUGGAAGAGAGAAAACAUAAUAGAGUAGAUAUAACGGACGUAGACCAUGAAGUAUUACGAGAAAUGCUUAGAUUUAUCUAUACAGGAAAAGCGUCGAAUUUGGAGAAGAUGGCGGACGAUUUGUUAGCCGCCGCCGAUAAGUAUGCGUUGGAACGACUCAAAGUGAUGUGUGAAGAGGCGUUGUGUACGAACUUAUCAAUAGACAAUGCUGCCGAAAUUUUAAUAUUGGCAGACCUGCACAGCGCCGACCAGUUGAAAGCACAAGCAAUAGAUUUUAUAAAUACGCACGCGACGGACGUGAUGGACACACCCGGUUGGAAAAGUAUGAUCCAAACGCAUCCUCAUCUGAUCGCAGAGGCGUUCCGUGCGUUGGCGACCCAGCAGAUCCCCCCCAUAGGUCCACCACGAAAAAGGGUGAAACAGAGCUGAAGCUCGUGAUAGUGCCACAGACUGCUAUCGAUGUGUUCACAAUUAAGACACUCUAUGAGUGCUUUUAGUAUAUGGCUAACGUUUUGUUAAAAAAUCAUCAAAAAUCCUGUGUAACUUUAAGUUUUAAAGUUUUGUUUUGCGGUUUAAGUGAGUUGUUCCGGAAUUCGAUCUGAUAUUUAUUAAGUUAAAUCGGAAGGUGCUCACUUGGCCGAUUAAACAAACGGAAUUGUGAUAUAAAAUGACCACAGCUUGUUCCUAUCGGGGGACUUCUCAACCUCUUUUUUUAUUUUAAGUUAGUGUUGUAUUGAUUGAUCUCUCCGGAUAAGUUAAGAGAGCAGAGUUUGUCGAUAUUUUCAAUUGUCACUUGUGUCGGUACUACAUAUCUUCAUUGUUUUACACGGUCGGAUAAGAAUUAUUUCAAACAAGUGAUUUUGUAAUAUAUUGGUAGUGAUAUGUAUUAUAGUUAUGACAUUGAAAUUGGUGAAAUCAGUGACAGCUCUUUUAUUAAUUCGAUGUGGACAAAUUGUAAACAAAUUAAUUCGUGUAAAUAGUAGUGCUUUAAAAAUGUCAUAGCUAAAAAGAAAAAUUGCAAGAAAUUUAUAGAUACAGUUGUCGUUUCGUCAAUUUAGUAAAACAGUGUCAAAGAAGGUUGUUUAAUGGCUUACUUUUAACGGACUGUACAGUAUUGCGCUUCUGCUUCCUGUCCCUGCCGUAUGGCAGUUUCACCCUUCGGUAUUGAUAAUAAUAAAACAUGCCAUACAUGUUCUGUGAUAAGCCCAUGAUUUCUCGCUUCAUUGUGUAUUGUUAAAUUUGUUAUUUGUAUUAACGACUUCGUUUACGUUUGAACUAGCACUUAGCUUUCUUCCGGAACCAAUGAAUAAUAAUGGCUAGAUAGUUUUUUGAAACCUAAGUACAAGACAAGUGUUACCUCAUCAUUAUUAUUACGAAAAAACUACUUUCUUUCUGAACGCCCCUUUGUACUGAUUUGUUUGUCACUCUGUACUUAUUUCCAGUACAUGAGGUGCUGACAUGGCGGUUCACAUGUGUAUUUCACUGAUAGGAUUACAUUAAUCAUUGAUCAUUGUUUCCAUUUUACUUUAAAUCAUAGCACAUAUUUAAUAAAAUGCAUUUUCAUGAUAAAAA